AUGGAACCUGUCCCAGAGACCGAGCGAAUGGAGGAGUUCCGUCCCUCUCCUCUUCCCAGUUUGAGAGUCAACGCACCCGAGUUCGACUACUUGCGCAAGCCGCCCACCCUUCGCCGAUCAACCGACCCCUCUCCAGCAUCCCCCACCUCACCAUCUUGGUCAACUCCCACACUUCCGUAUCGCCCUCGCGCCUCAUCGCCGCUGUCUACGCUUCAUGUCAGGUCGAGGUCAGCAGUAAACCUAGCACCGCCCAUGGCGCGCACCCAGUCUAUGCCCGGCGUAAAUGGAUCCGGCCACCUUCUCUUCUCACCACAUAUCCGACCACAGAGCCCUGCUCAGUCGCCGAGCCGGGUCCGUCCCCUGCGCAAGCCAGUCGACGAAGUUUUCCCUUCUUCGCCAACUCGCAUGUCGGUCCAUGACCACGACAGGCAGCUUUCCGAAAGAAAUAGCUCGCCAAACCUUACUCUGGGGUCAACAUCCACAGCAACUUCGGCGGCCCGACUACGGAGACCCUCUUCGCCUUUGCGACUCGUUCACCAUUCCAGCACCACAUCGUUGCCAUCCAUACCAUCAACCCCUUCUUCAGUCGCAUCGUCGCCUUCUUACCGAGCUUACGACUCGUUUUCCAGCAACUACUACACAUCCUCCAUGCCUUCAACACCCACUUCGAUGAGAUCCAGGAGCCCCAGCAUUUCCAGUCUUGAAACCAUCCCAGACACCCCAGACGCCGAGGAGGCUGCUUUGGAGGCCGAGAGAAUUGCGCAGCUGAAGGCCGCGGCGGAGGCGGCGGAAGGUGGUGGUGAUACCAAGGGCAAAGCGAGUGCGGACUUGCGAGGCAGGACGCUAGGGUUUGGUUCCAGAGACAAGCGCAAGCGAUGGAGUGUCUGCGGUGCUGAGAGGAGGCAGGAUCUCGAUUUGGAGACCAUCUGGGAGGAUUAA